AUGAUGGAUGACGUAGUUUUGCGUGCGCGUCUGCCCCUGUUGCUGCUCGUCUUGGUGCACGCGCUUUCCACGCAGGACCAAAACUCGGGUCACGUGGACCCGUUAACGCUGAGCCGCUCGGACCCGCGCUGUUGGGAACGCGCUUCUGUACUGCUUCUGGAGAUGCGCGCGCCGCGAAUCGCGCACACGGUGCCUGACUUCUGGGACCUCAUGGUGUUUCUGAAGUCCUCGGACAACCGGAAGCACGGGGCUCUGUUCUGGGACCUGGCACAAGUCUUCUGGGAUCUCUAUGUGGACUGCAUCCGGUCCCGAAACCAUGGGCUCGGGAGGCGGCACGUCAUGCGCACCAAAAGGCGUCUCACGGUCGCGCGCUCUCUCGCCGCGGAUAAGUCUUUUGUGCAAGAAUCGCAGAACCAUUUUUCGAAGUUAAAGGAGUUUACUCGGACCUGGUUUCAAAUUCAGGUGCAGCAGGAUGGACCACGCAGCUUGUACAGUGAUGCUCAUCCAAAAACCCAGGCUUCAAAGAAAAUUUCACAUUUUUAA